AGUGGAUGUUUAAAUUAGGUUAUAUUACUGUAAUUGUAAUUGAAAUUUCAAUACAGCGCUUUAUGUUUUCUGGCAAAAGUUGUAAAAAUGAUGUCUGAUGAGUCUGAAAACGAUGGAGUGUACGUCGAUAAUCAAGAAAAUGAUCUCUACUAUAAGAAAUACAAACUGCUACUAGAAGAAUGCUCGCAACUUCAAAGAUCUAAUGAAAUAUUAGUGUUUAGGAUACAAGAAGUCAAUAAAAUAACUAAGCGUAGACUAAAAGAUGUAAGAUUUUUCAAACAAAGGUUACUAAAUAAUUUCGAUGAAGACUGGACUGUCAUUCCUAAUUUAGAUAUGGCACUAGAAGAAGAGGAUGAUAAAAGAUCUGUAGCACAUUUGAUGCUGAAAGACAAAAUAAAGGAAGAAAAACUUGACGAAGAAGAGAAACAAGAGAAAUCAAAGGCAAAGAAACCAUCCAAGAGGAAGACAGUGAAAUCUGAAAGGGAUCCAAACGCUCCAAAGAGACCUUCGAAUCCAUUCUUUCAGUUCUGUCAAGAGCAGAGGCAAAUAUUAAUGGAACAAAUUAGCGCCGAGCUGAAGCCCGGAGAAAUGGAACCUACGAAACAAGAGUUAACUAGGCAGCUGGCUAUAAAGUGGAAAACGUUAUCCAUUCCUGACAAAAAGGUGUAUGUGGACAGGUACGAGAGAUCUAAAGAAAAAUAUGCAGCCGAAAUGGAAGAGUAUAAUAUGAAAAAAUAAGUCUACAUUAUUCUAGACUAUAGUAUGUAGUUUAAGUCAAUAACUUGCAAUAAACUAAUAUAUGAA